UGUUUGGUUUUGUGUUUAUUUUAUUAUUUUUGUUUUGUUACAAAUUAAUCACAAAAAUCAUGGAAGUAGGAAAAUUUAGAAUUCUCACGAUUGGAAUAUUGCUUUUUGCAUUUGCUGCUAAACCAUGUCGAGGACAUCUUAAUUUGUAUUUGAAUUUACAAGAAGUUAUGAGAUUAUUAGGUGUCUCAGCUGAAUUAUACUACGUUCGCGAGGGACAAGUCAACGAUUAUGCCUUGAACUUUGUUGUACCAGUGCCAGCAAAUGUUCGCGACAUUGCAUUUACAUGGCAAAGUUUAGCCGGACGUCCGUUGCCUUAUAGCAUUAAUGUACAAUCCUCUGAUCCAGCUGUUCUACCCCGGCCCACACUCAAUAUCUCACAAAUCGGAGAGAUUCCAACAAAUGUGCAAACCUUUUCAAUUGGCAUGAAAUGUUCUGGCAUACGGCCAGCUGAAGUCGAAGUUACAAUCACCAUCGAGGUAAUUCUAAAUCGAGCAUCGAAUAAUAUUACAGAAUUGGUCUUCCGGCGGAAAAAGAUUUGCAUGGCUGCCGAUCAGGAUGAGAAUAAUGUUGAUGAUCCAAUGUUGUUGGAGACUGUGGUACCGCCACCAGCCGGUUUGAUUACAUUGAUUGUGGGUGGGAUAUUGGCUUUGAUGUUGGUUGUGAUAUUGAUUGUGAUUGCUUAUUGUGCGAGGGGACCAUCGAAACGACAAAAUCACGGUCAACCAAUGAGAACUUCGAGCUUCCAACGUCUUCAGACUAAUCCUCCUUGUGGACCGUAUAUUUCCCCAUCGAUUAUUGCCCCAAUUCAUUCGACUUUGCCAAGAAAAAUCGAACCACAACAACCCGAAGAGUUGCAUCGUAGGAUUUCCGAAUUGACAGUUGAACGGUGCCGAGUUCGAUUAUCGAGCUUGCUGCAAGAAGGCACCUUCGGAAGAGUCUAUAAAGGAACCUACAACGAAAAUCAGGAUGUUUUGGUGAAAACUGUUGCCCAACAUGCCAGCCAAAUGCAAGUGUCUUUGCUGCUUCAAGAGGGUAUGAGUUUGUAUGGAGCUUUGCAUCCUGGAAUUCUAUCGGUUUUGGGUGUUUCAAUUGAAGAUCAUACAACUCCGUUUGUGCUGUACCAGGCGAUGAAUAAUAUGCGCAAUUUGAAGAUGUUCCUGCUCGAGCCGUCAUGUUCGCGAUCGAUAACAACAAUUCAGAUUGUUAUGAUGUCAUCACAGUUGGCAAUGGCUUUGGGUCAUUUGCAUAGUCAUGGAGUUGUUCAUAAGGAUAUUGCUACAAGGAACUGUGUUAUUGAUGAUCAACUACGUGUAAAACUGUCCGAUAGUUCUCUGUCUCGAGAUCUCUUCCCAGCUGAUUACAAUUGCUUAGGUGAUAGUGAAAAUCGUCCUGUCAAAUGGAUGUCCUUGGAAGCUCUACAAAAGAAACAAUUUGCUGAAGCAAGUGAUUCUUGGUCAUUUGGUGUGCUAAUGUGGGAAUUGUGUACGUUUGCCAAACAACCUUAUGCUGAAGUUGAUCCUUUCGAAAUGGAACAUUAUUUAAAGGAUGGUUAUAGGUUAGCACAGCCAUUUAACUGCCCUGAUGAAUUAUUUACAAUAAUGGCAUAUUGUUGGGCCCUCUUGCCAGCUGAACGGCCUUCCUUUGCUCAACUUCAAGUCUGCCUAACAGAUUUUUACACACAAAUAACGAGAUAUGUUUAAUUUAAAAAAUAUCGACAGUGUUAAUUUUUAUUAUUAUUAUUAUUUACUCGCUUAAAAAUCUAGUUAGACAAAAAUAUUUAACAUUAAUCGAGAUAAAAACAAGGAUACAGUAGGGUAAAAAAACACAUACAUUACACACCACACACUCAUACACACAAACAUAAA